AUGGCGGCGAAGGCUCUUUUUACAGGAAUUUUAAAGCCUGGACUUGAAGUUCGAUCAGGCGGGAGCAUUGAUGCCGCUAUUGCUUGCUCCUCUGCGGCAACGGGGGGCACCCGGCCUUGCUACAACAUUAACCAGCGGAGGAAACUCAGUAUUUGGAAGUCUCUGAAUCCAUGGAACGUCCAAAAAGACUCUGGGUCAGCUGCUGGCGAUGCAGCGCAACAAGAGCCUCCCCAGCAGCGCCCGGUCCCUCCUGGUGUCGCUACACUCGACACGGCAUCGCAGUCAGCCGCAGCAACGCCGCUGAAAGGAGCCGUUGAUAACGAGGAGGCCAAACGCGCUGUCAUCGCAUCGAGGCUUCUUGAGGGUUUCCAGCGAGAUUCCAAGCGCAUCCAGACCGUAAGGAGUCCACCCUCCGAAGGCUCUUCCAGGCUCUCUCCCGGUACAGGCAACCUCUGCGGUGCAGCAACUUCCCCAUGCGCAUCGAGCGAGGCCUCCAAGCUUAGCUGCCGGAGGGGUGGCUCGCGCUGGCAGAAUUCGCGCGAAGCUUGGCUUCCGCUGUCUGCACCCGAGCUGCGCCAGGAAUUGCAGCAGAUAUUUUCGGGGAGUCGAGAGAGGCGAGAAGAGCCGCGGAGGAGAGAAGAGACUCCCGUAUGCCGCGCUAGCCGCAAGCCCUUGGGGUCUCUUCUAACACGCUUAUCGCGUUCCCCGAUUUUUCUGCACGCAGCCAGGCAGGUUCCCGCCGCUCCGGCAGGCGCUGCCAGCCCCACUCCUGCUGCCAAAUCAACAGCAGAAAUGGAGAGGGCUCUCUUUUCUCAGAUGCUGGACUUUUACUUCACAGGACCGCUAGAUACAGUCCUGGGGGUUCCUCAGCGCCUCCUCGCUGCAGGAGGGCCUAGGGUCAUGCACCCCAGUCGCACGCGGGGGGCCCCCGAUGGCAAGCCCCCAGACCUCACAGAAGACCAGUUCUUCGUUUUUGCACUCGUAAGCCCUUUUCGUGAAAUAGGUGGUUCAGCACGGGACCCUAGGAUUAGUUUCUAUGCGAAUAUGCUAAGAAGCCAGAUUCCUCGAGGCCGUUCACCAGCCAUCUCAGGGUGUCCUCCUGGCCGCAUGCAGGGCUCGUCCGAGGCACCCUACGUGGCGAGGACUAGCGUUGAGCGCCCCCUCUGA